CGGGAAGCGGCUGGGGCGCGGGAGGCUCCGGGAUCCAAAGUCCCGGGCAGCUCCUGCCCCGCUCCUGCCCCGCUCCGGAGCUCGGCACGGCCUCUGCAGGCAGAGACACCAGCUGUAGCUGUUGGCUAUGGCUGCAGUGUGUCAAGCACUGCACAGGAGAGUUUCCUCCCUCGCCUGCAGGUUGCACUCCACCUAUGUGAGAAAAAUGAGAUACUUAAAUCAGUUAAAGGAAGAUGACAGCCUUUGUAGACAAGCUCAGACCUCAGGAACUUUCUACCUCUUUCACAAUCUGUCCCCCUUCCUGCAGAAAGUUGGGAAGAAAUAUUUGGUACCACAGCUCAGUGCAGCAGAGACGAGACAGGUUCUGGAGAAGCUGCAGGAGGCUGAGCAGUGGAUGGAGAAGUCGGUGCUGAUCGGAUGUUCAGACGAGCACAGACCGCGCUUUGCGCUGGAUUUAGGAGCCUUGGAUAAAUCAGUCAUUGAGUCAGAACUGCAGGGAUCAUUUACUGACCUACGAAAGGCUCUCUUUGUCGUGGAUGGGAAGGAUUCUCCUUUGCUGGCUUCGGCCCAGUCCCUCCUGUGGUGGCACGAUUCCCACCAGUACUGCAGCAAAACUGGGCAGCCCACUGAGAAGAACCCAGCUGGCAGCAAACGUGUCUGCCACGCCAGUGGAGUCACUUACUACCCUCAGGUGUCUCCAGUGGUCAUCACCCUGGUGUCCGACGGGAGCCGCUGCCUCCUGGCCCGACAGCCCUCCUUUCCCCCGGGGAUGUUCACAGCUCUGUCAGGCUUCUGUGACAUGGGUGAGAACGUGGAGGAGGCAGUGCGGCGAGAAGUGGCCGAGGAGGUGGGGCUGGAGGUGGAGUCGCUGCGCUACUCGGCGUCGCAGCACUGGCCCUUCCCCAGCAGCUCCCUGAUGAUAGCCUGCCACGCCAUGGUGCGAGCCAUGGCUGAGAUCAGUGUGGACACCCUGGAGCUGGAGGAAGCCCGUUGGUUUGGCCUGGAGGAAAUUGUGGAGGGCCUCAAGAGGGAGCCCAGCUCUUCCAAGCAAGAUGACGGCAGUUUCUUACCCUGGUUCCCCCCCAAACAGGCCAUUGCUCACCAGCUGAUCCGUGAGUGGCUUCAGCAGCAGACUGCCCAGACAGCUUAGGCAGGGCUUCACCCACUCUCUGAUUCCACCAGAACUGUCAAAGCUCCAGAGAAAAGCUUCCAAAGCUCCUGGAACAAGGGCUCUGUCACAGUGAGGGCAGCACCACACUGAUGGCACUCAGGCACACUGACCUACAAAGGUCUCUGAACUGAUCUGACAGGCCCAUGUACAGUGGAUCACCUCUGAGAUCCCAUGGUUUGAAGUAAAUGUACAAUAAAAUUCUCAGUUCCAAAGCAUCAAACUUGUUGUGACCAGCUGUCACUGACCCCAUGGCACCAGUGCCCCAUUUUUUCCUCCAUUUCUUCUGUUUUGGGUGGACAUCCAAGGCACCCUCUUUCCCAGAACAAAAAUAAAGGGAGAGUGGCACUU